AUGAAGGGAUUGAUUUUAGUCGGAGGUUACGGUACCAGAUUGAGACCAUUGACCUUAACUUUGCCAAAACCGUUGGUUGAAUUUGGUAACAGGCCCAUGAUUUUGCACCAAAUUGAAGCUUUGGCCGCUGCUGGCGUCACUGACAUUGUUCUUGCUGUCAACUACAGACCAGAGGUUAUGGUGUCCACUUUGAAGAAAUACGAAGAAGAGUAUGGUGUCACCAUCACCUUUUCCGUCGAAGAAGAACCAUUGGGAACCGCUGGUCCUUUGAAGUUGGCUGAAAAAGUGUUGAAGAAGGAUAACUCACCAUUCUUUGUUUUAAACAGUGAUGUCAUUUGCGAGUACCCAUUCAAAGAAUUGGCUGAUUUCCACAAAGCUCAUGGUGCUGCUGGUACCAUUGUGGCCACUAAAGUUGACGAACCAAGUAAAUACGGUGUCAUUGUUCACGAUAGAGAUACGCCUAACUUGAUUGACAGAUUUGUUGAGAAGCCAGUUGAAUUCGUUGGUAACAGAAUUAACGCUGGUUUGUACAUUUUAAACCCAUCAGUUAUCGAUUUAAUUGACAUGAAACCAACCUCAAUCGAAAAGGAAACUUUCCCAAUCCUUGUUGACCAAAAACAAUUGUACUCAUUUGAUUUGGAAGGUUUUUGGAUGGAUGUUGGUCAACCAAAAGAUUUCCUUAGUGGAACCUGUCUUUACUUGACUUCAUUGACCAAGAAACACCCAGAAAGAUUAUCCAACGAAAAAUUUGUCAAGGACGGUAAUGUUCUCAUUGAUCCAUCCGCAAAGAUUCAUCCUAGUGCAUUGAUUGGCCCUAACGUAGUUAUUGGACCAAAUGUUGUUGUUGGUGAAGGUGCCAGAAUCAAGAGAUCAGUCCUUCUUGCCAACUCAAAGGUUAACGACCACGCUUGGGUCAACUCAACUAUUGUUGGAUGGAAUUCAAGAAUCGGUAAAUGGGCUAGAACCGAUGGAGUCACUGUAUUGGGUGAUGAUGUUGAAGUCAAGAAUGAAAUCUACGUUAAUGGCGCUAAGGUCUUGCCUCACAAGUCUAUUUCAUCAAACGUUGAACAAGAAUCUAUCAUUAUGUAA